UUCAAGAUCCGGCGCGGAUAGUCAAUGGAAGCCCGGGCGGAGAAAAACCAGCAAAAUCGAGAAUGUGUUUUUUUUUUUCCGAUGGCGGAUCGUAGCAGAAUGAAACAGCCGUGGAGCUAACCGAGCCGUGGAGAGAGGUGACGAAAGCCGCCUUGAGUGGGCAUUCUUCCGGCAGAGGGCCGCGCACCAUGGCAACCCUGCGCCAGAGAAAGGGCAGCCGGGGUAAGGACCCCCCCCACACCUCCCAUGCGGACUCUCAGCCUCAGCAGCGCCACCAGGCCAACUGUUGCACCCGCCAUCAUCAUCAUCGUCACCAUGACGACCUCCUGCAGGGCGAUUGGUCGUGGGGGUGCAUCGUGUGGACGUCGGUGGGCUGGUCGGUGUCGGUGGGUCUGGGCCUGCUGUGCUGCAUGUACGUGGCCACGCUGCACGAGAACGACUUGUGGUUCUCCAACAUCAAGGAGGUGGAGCGGGAGAUCUCCUUUCGGACCGAGUGCGGACUCUACUACUCGUACUACAAGCAACUGUUGAACGCGCCAUCCAUACAGGAAGGAUUGUCCGAGUUGAUUCACGACAACUUGACGGAGUCUAAGCGGACCAUCAACCUCCUGCAGAGGAUGAACAUCUACCAGGAGGUCUUCCUCAGCGUGCUUUACAGGCUGCUGCCCAUACAGUCCUACCUGGAGCCCAUGUACUUCUACAUCUACAGCGUGUUCUCGCUGCAGGCGGUUUACGUGAUGGCGCUGUACUUGACAGCGUGGCUCCUGGCCGGCUCCUGGCUGGCCGGUGCGCUGGCCGCCGCCUGGUACAUCCUCAACAGGGUGGAUACAACUCGUGUGGAGUUCACCAUCUCGCUGAGAGAGAACUGGUCUCUGCCCUUCCUGGCCCUGCAGGUUGCCGCCAUCACGUGCUACCUGAGGCCUCAGCUGGGCACCUUGCGUCAGAAGGUGAUGGUGUGGCUGAUGUACGUGUGCAGCCUGUGCUUCUGUGUGACUUGGCAGUUCAACCAGUUCAUCUUUCUGGUCCAGGCCCUCGUUUUCUACACGCUGGAUUGUGUGGAUGUGCUCACCACUGCACAGGUGACCACACUGUACUUGGUCCAAGCCAGCGCCUUGCUGAGCGUUUGGCUCCUGCAGUUCUUCAACGCCAUGAUCCUGGGCUCCUUGGCGCUCAGCUUCAUCGUGGCCGCCCUCCUCGUGCGUCAUUACCACCGUUCUCUGAAGUCCGGAAGUCUUGUGGCCCGAGUGUCCAAGCUGAUCAUCCACAGCACCGCCGUCCUUCUCCUCACCGUCGCCAUCAACUUCUCGGCCAAGAAGCUUCUGCGGCUGCGAUCAGACGAACACAUCUUUAAAUUCAUCAAGUCAAAGUUUGCCCGGGGGCCGACCAGGGACUUUGACGCCAACCUGUAUCUGUGCGAGGAAGCCUUCGGCGCGCUGCCGCUGGACACUCUGGAGCGUCUGUCCGCCACCCUUCUGCUGGGCCCCUACGCGCUCACCCUCGCGCUGACGGGCGGCGCCCUGGCACUGGCGGCUCUGCGGAACCUCAGGCCAAAAGGCGGCGCAGCCGAGAGGAAAGCGGAGGGCCCGGCGGCGCCGUCCUUUCGUCCCGACGUGGCCUACAACCUGCUGCACACGCUUUUCUUCGGCCUGCUGGCCUUCAGCACCAUGAGGAUGAAGUACAUCUGGACGGGACACAUGUGCGCCGUGGCGGCGUACGGCCUGUGCGGGAGGGACGUGUGGUCCGUGCUCCUUCACGCCCUCCGAUGCGACACCAAAUUCGUCGUCCGAUUGGCUCGGUACGGCGCCCCCCUGGCACUGAUGGCCUUCCUCUAUUACAAGUUCUGGCCCAAAAUGGUGGAGGAGCUGUCUGACUUGAGGGAGUUCUACGAUCCAGACACCGUGGAGCUCAUGACCUGGAUUAGCACAAAGACGCCCGAGCGCGCCGUCUUGGCGGGAAGCAUGCAGCUGCUGGCCGGCAUCAAACUGUGCACGGGGAGAGUCAUCACCAACCACCCGCAUUACGAAGACAAGGACCUGAGGGACAGGACCAAGCAGGUGUACCAGGUGUACGCCCGCCGCUCCCCGCGGGAGGUCCACUCCAUCCUGCAAAGUCUGGCCGCCGACUACGUGGUGCUGGAGAACUCCAUCUGUUACGAGCGCCGCCACCGCCGAGGGUGUCGCCUGAGAGACUUGCUGGACUUGGCCAACGGACACAUCAUGGACGGCGACGGCGACAACGACGCUGACCUGGUGGCCGCCGCCUACCCGCGAUUUUGCGACGAGGUCAAGACGGACUCGCCGCAGUACGCCGCCUUGUUCAAAAGAACCUUCCAGAACAAAACCUUCCACGUGUACAGAGUCAGGAAGAAAGCCAAGAAGAGUGAAAAGAACUCGUGAGACGACAAAGACUACAAUGGCUGACACGCAUUUCCAGCAUGUCCAAACAACUUUUUUGUCUCUUUUUUUUUUUUUUUUUUAGCUUGGUCUAAUUGUUUGACUCUGUGUGGAAUAAAAAGCACAUCAGCGUUCACAUCCAAAAACGCACACCACAACCCAUCUGAUGUGACUUUUUAAAUGAGGAACAGUAAAAUACGAAUCCAAAGUACAAACUCUACCCAGUGGCUCGUAGUAGCGCUCGAGUCAGAGGCUCCCCUUGCGGAGGUGCUUUUGCUUUUGAAACCAGCGGCGCAAUUUCAAUUGCUAGCAAAAUCCCACCAAAUGGGAAGUAAAAAAAAAACAAAAAAAAACUUGUUCAAUGAUUGUGAAAGGCUAGCAAGCGGUUUUGAAUGUGGACCACGAUUGUUUCUUUUCAAAUUGAGAUUUAAACCACUAACAUGAAGAACUAGUAAAAUGGUAGCAAGCUGCUAGAUGCUAGCUGGAGGCUAUGAGUAUCCUUUUUAUUUCAACUGCUAGCAAAAUCCCACCUAAUGGGAAGUAAAAAAAACAAAAAAACUUGUUCAAUGAUUGUGAAAGGCUAGCAAGCGGUUUUGAAUGUGGACCACGAUUGUUUCUUUUCAAAUUGAGAUUUAAACCACUAACAUGAAGAACUAGUAAAAUGGAAGCAAGGUGCUAGAUGCUAGCUGGAGGCUAUGAGUAUCCUUUUUAUUUCAACUGCUAGCAAAAUCCCACCUAAUGGGAAGUAAAAAAAACAAAAAAACUUGUUCAAUGAUUGUGAAAGGCUAGCAAGCGGUUUUGAAUGUGGACCACGAUUGUUUCUUUUCAAAUUGAGAUUUAAACCACUAACAUGAAGAACUAGUAAAAUGGUAGCAAGCUGCUAGAUGCUAGCUGGAGGCUAUGAGUAUCCUUUUUAUUUCAACUGCUAGCAAAAUCCCACCAAAUGGGAAGUAAAAAAAAAAAAAAACUUGUUCAAUGAUUGUGAAAGGCUAGCAAGCGGUUUUGAAUGUGGACCACGAUUGUUUCUUUUCAAAUUGAAAUUUGAAACCACUAACGUGAAGAACUAGUAAAAUGGAAGCAAGGUGCUAUCAAGCAGACAAGCAAGCUAGAUGCUAGCUGGAGGCUAUGAGUAUCCUUUUUAUUUCAACUGCUAGCAAAAUCCCACCAAAUGGGAAGUAAAAAAAAAAAAAACUUGUUCAAUGAUUGUGAAAGGCUUGCAAGCGGUUUUGAAUGUGGACCACGAUUGUUUCUUUUCAAAUUGAAAUUUUAAACCACUAACGUGAAGAACUAGUAAAAUGGUAGCAAGCUGCUAUCAAGCAGACAAGCAAGCUAGAUGCUAGCUGGAGGCUAUGAGUAUCCUUUUUUUCAAAGAAGGGGACCAAUAUGGGCUCCAUUUUUGGUGGACCGGGGAACUAGACCGGAACGCAAAAACUGACGUAAAAACCUGAUGCCUGCGCAAAGCCUCGCUAGCUUUUGUCAAUUUGGCAGCCUGACCUGCCUCAAGAUUGAGAAUCUGGCACAACGAGGGCUCGUCCUGGGUGCACUUAUUAAUUUUUUUGUGACUGCAAAUUGGUGGUCCACUUCUUGAGGGUCUGCCCGCAGUUCCUCAAAAACCAAUUUAGCGUGCUCCGGAUCUCCUGGACUCCGAGCGGACUCACAACUCUCGCGCGACAUUUCGAGGGAACGUUAGGAGCGGCUGCGAUUGGACGAGGUCGUAGUCUGCUGUGAACGCGUCCACUCCAGCUAGCAAGCGGCAGCCGUUGUUCUUUAGAAAUUAGGGGAAAAAAUGAUGAGACAUAGUUGGAGGUCGAAACUGCUGUCGGACCGCUGCAGAACGUGAGGUCCAAACCGCCGUCAAGAUGCUACCAAGCGACGAGUAAAACCCUUCCAAGCGGCUGUUUGUGAUUUGCGUCGUGUUUUCGCUUGCCGUCAUUUUCACCCGUCAGAGCCGCAACCUCGCACUCCAAUCA